AUGAGUUCCGACAUUCAAAAUGAGAUUUUGAAGUUAUUGUCUCACACCGUAUUACGCCUUAUUCGGAAACAGAUUGGGAAUAAUGCCUUUGCAAUUAUUGUUGAUGGCACACAAGAUAUAUCUGGUCAAGAACAAGAAAGUUUCUGUAUCCGCUAUGUUGAUGAAGACUUGUACCCACAUGAGGACUUCAUAGGCUUAUAUCAAGUUGAUGAAACAAGUGGAUCUGCAAUCGCACAGAUUGUCAAGGAUGCUUUAUGCCGUAAUGGGCUUUGUAUGUCAAUGUUGCGAGGGCAAACAUAUGAUGGAGCUUCAAAUAUGGCUGGUAAAUAUCAUGGUGCCCAGGCAUUAAUCAAGCAGGAACAUCCACUUGCCAUUUAUGUCCAUUGCAGUGCACAUUGCACAAAUUGA